GUUUUAAUCAGAAAAAGUGCAUUCGAGUUUGGUUGCGAAAAGUGUUUUUGCAUUCAACAGUGCAAUCGCGACGCGGGCUGUCGUGAAUUUUCUCGUGCAAGUUGACGUAAUAUUGUGUGAUUCAAAGGGGUUUCACUUGUAAGUGAUAUCUAGUGUAACGAAAGGAAAGUGUUAUUUAUUGUUGUGGUAAAAAUGCAGCCGUCGGACUUUUCCAACGAGGACUUUAUGUCGAACCCGUCGCUGGCCAUGGAUGCCUGCUUCACCGCGUUCGACAAGGAUGGUGACGAUCGGCUCUCGCUGGCCGAGUUCACGCUGAUCUGCCGGGCCCUGUUCCGGAACGACAAGGGCCACAUCUACGUGGUGCCGUCGAACCGGCUCGAGGAGAUGUUCUUGGUGUUUGACAAGAACGAGGACGGCUACAUCGACCGGGACGAGUUCCAGUUCUGCUGGAACCAGUGGAUCAAGACGAUUGUGCGACCAAUCAGCGCGUUCCUCAUCGUGGAUGUUCAAAACGACUUCAUCAGCGGCUCGUUGAACAUCAGCAAUUGCAGCGCCCAGCAGAACGGACUGGAGGUGAUUGACCCGAUAAACAAGCUCCUGGAUACGGUCGAGUUCGAUUCCGUGUUCUACUCGCUCGAUUGGCACCCCAGCGAUCACGUGUCCUUCAUCGACAACAUCAAGCAGCGGCCGAUCCACCCGACCAGUCCGUUGAACUCCGACAACGCCCAGGUGUACGAUACGGUCAUCUUCGCCGGUCCGCCCCCGAUGAAGCAGCGGCUGUGGCCCCGACACUGCGUCCAGGACUCGUGGGGUUCCGAGCUGCACAAGGAUCUUAAGAUUGUCGACCAGGGCAUCAAGGUGUACAAGGGCACGAACCCCGAGGUGGACUCGUACUCGGUGUUUUGGGACAACAAGAAGCUCUCCGACACGACGCUGUGCGGCCAGCUGCGGAUGAAGGGCUCCUCGGACAUUUACGUGUGCGGGCUGGCGUACGACGUGUGUGUCGGUGCAACGGCGAUUGAUGCGCUGUCGGCCGGCUACCGAACCGUCCUCAUCGACGACUGCUGCCGGGGCGUGGACGUGAACGACAUCGAGAGCACCAAGCAGACGGUGAUAUCGAACAACGGCGUGAUUGUCAACUCGCGGGAGGUCAAGGCUAUGGUGGAGGGCCGGGACCGCCGACCGGAGCUGGGCUACAAGCUGGCGAUGGAGCUGAAGAACGCCGACUCGGACCUGUCGAAAAAUAACGCCUGUCGACGACAGAACCAACAGCAGCAACAGCAACAGCAGCAGCAGCAGCAGCCACAACCGGACAGGCCACAGUAAAAUGAUGACAACCCUCCGUCCCGGAAAUGGCAUCCUAUUUGCCUUCCUUCUUACUCUCUCUCUUUUUGCACCCUCCCUCUUUCUCUAUCUAUCUAUAUAUUGAAAACGUUUUUUUUUCUUCUUCAUUUUCCUACACUUUUCCAUUUCGGAGUUUUCUCCGUCAAACCGUGGCAGACAGGCCCGAAAAAAAAACUUUGCCUAUUCCAAAUUCGCCUAAGCGGCCCCAGGCUCGGUUUCCGGUCACUUGCUUGCUUCGGAUCUUCAACUCUCACUCUUUCUUUUUGACCAAGUGCGAGUAUGUUUGCCCAGCCUCUGCCCCAGUGAGUGUGGUCCAAGUUCUUGUUUGUUUUGCCGAACCGAAAUUAAUAGCGCAUAAGUUUGAACAGAGUGGCUUUAUAGUUUUUCGGUGUAUCUUUAGGGGUUAAGUGAACAAGUUUUCUCUCUUUUGUUGCUUUUGUAGGACGAUUGAAACAAUGGUGUGAAGGAAAUUUGUUUGCGAGGAAUGGAACAUGUUGCUGAAAGAUGAGUGUUUUUUUCUUGUACGAUUCAAGUUGCUAAAAGUUGAAAGUUUUCUAACUUUUGAACUUUAAUUUCUAGCUUAAGAAUCAAAGUGAAGUAAUUUUGUUUUCUAAAUUCUUGUUUUGGUCAUUUACCGUCUCAUAUUUUCUAAAAUCUGUAAAUGAUAAUAUAACAAAUAGA